AUGGAUAUUUUAAUUGAUAAAUUUUUGGACGAAACGGGUAACUCAUACCGAUUAACGUACUAUUCUACAGAAUUGAUGCUUUACUUCGAAAAAUAUCACAUAUUUGAAAUCAUGUUCGAUUUGAUGAUUCUGUUGCAAAAAGAACGACCAGCCAACAUUGAAGAAUAUGCUGCCGAACACAUUGUCGCCAUCUCGAAGAAGUAUUGCCAAAUUAAUACGUACGUAAGCCUUGCGGAUAAUGCUGACACCGAAACCUUUCUCCGUGCAUUUCAACGAAGUGAUCGAUACUAUCCCGUGAUCAGUUUGGAAGAAUCACUAAGAACGAAAACAUUUAUUCAAACGCUCAACGAUCGACUCAAACAACUAAAUAUGCAUGGUAAAAAUAUUAUCAUGCUGGGCGAUAGAAAAUAUUUAAGUGAAGCGAAAAAACACUACCAUUUUCAUCAGACAUUGCGUAGUACAAAUAUCAAACCACUCCAGAAGUUGCAUACACAUAUCAUCGAACGCACUAAACUGCUUCAGAUGGAACCACACCAUUCGGUUAUCAAACACGCGCAACGAAUUGUACUCCUGGGCCGUCCUGGCUGUGGUAAACAUCGAGUGGCGAAGUGGCUAGCAACGAAAUUGAACGUUUGUUUAGUGUCUGUAUCUGAUCUAGUUGCGCAACAUGAGCGAAAUUUAGAUGGCUUUGGUAAAGCUCUCAGCUGCGGGUCACUGGAAAAUGUGCACACAUCCGAGCUAGUAACGUCGAUUGUGCAACAUCGACUUCUGCAACCGGAUUGUCUUGAAAGUGGUUGGAUUUUAGUAGACUUUCCUAACAACGCUGAUGAUGUGAAAAAUUUCUACCAGCUGUUAAUAACACCCAAAAUUGCUUUGUUCAUAGACACGGAGGAGUCCGUAUGUCGGCGUAGGAAAUUAUCACAAAGGAAUUGUGGCCAAAUGACCGCAGACUGUUGGCAAAGAACUAUGUUCGAAACGGAGCUGAAAUUCUACCAUAUUCAUCAUGAACCAAUGCUUGAAGCACUCCAGCAACAACUUUCUUGUGUCGUGAUUCAUGUAGAUGGGAAUCGAUCGUAUUCCAACAUCCAGAAGUCCAUCAUAGAUAAGUUAAUGAUUUCUGUGUAA